AUGGAGAACCUCAUUGCAUUGGUUAAUAGGCUGCAGAGGGCGUGCACCGCGCUCGGCGAUCACGGUGAGGAGAGCGCGCUGCCCACUCUCUGGGACGCCCUACCUUCGAUUGCGGUCGUCGGUGGUCAGAGUUCGGGAAAAUCCUCUGUACUGGAGAGCAUUGUUGGAAAAGAUUUCUUGCCUCGAGGAUCUGGUAUUGUUACUAGAAGACCACUUGUCUUGCAGCUGCAUCGGAUUGACGAAGGUAGAGAAUAUGCAGAGUUUGGGCAUCUUCCUAGAAAGAGAUUCACAGAUUUUGCUGCUGUCAGAAAGGAGAUUUCUGAUGAGACUGAUCGAGAGACAGGACGCAGCAAACAAAUAUCUACUGUUCCUAUAUAUCUUAGCAUUUAUUCUCCUAAUGUUGUGAAUUUGACUUUGAUCGAUCUUCCUGGGCUUACAAAAGUGGCUGUUGAGGGUCAGUCAGAAAGCAUAGUGAUGGACAUUGAGAACAUGGUGCGCUCCUAUAUUGAGAAGCCCAACUGUAUUAUUUUGGCAGUAUCUCCUGCCAACCAAGAUCUUGCAACUUCUGAUGCAAUUAAGAUCUCGCGUGAAGUAGACCCAAAAGGAGAGAGAACAUUUGGGGUGUUAACCAAGAUUGAUCUGAUGGAUAAGGGUACCGAUGCUGUAGAUAUGCUGGAAGGAAGAGCAUAUAAGCUGCAAUUCCCAUGGAUAGGUGUUGUUAAUCGCUCACAAGCUGACAUCAAUAAAAAUGUAGACAUGAUUGCUGCUAGAAGAAGAGAGCGGGAGUAUUUUGCUCAAACCCCGGAGUACAAGCAUCUUGCUCACAGGAUGGGUUCCGAGCAUCUAGGGAAAGUUCUAUCCAAACAUUUGGAAGCUGUCAUCAAAUCUCGAAUUCCAGGCCUUCAGUCACUCAUCAACAAGACUAUUCUUGAGCUAGAAACUGAACUGAGUCGCCUUGGAAAGCCGAUUGCAACUGAUGCCGGGGGAAAGUUGUACAUGAUUAUGGAGAUCUGCCGCAUAUUUGAUGGAAUAUUCAAAGAGCAUCUCGAUGGAGUUCGACCUGGCGGUGAUAAGAUAUACAAUGUUUUCGAUAACCAAUUACCAGCUGCGUUGAAACGCUUACAGUUUGACAAGCAUCUGGCAAUGGAAAAUGUUCGGAAAUUAAUAACUGAAGCUGAUGGAUAUCAGCCUCAUCUUAUAGCACCCGAGCAGGGUUAUCGUCGUCUCAUCGAAACUGCCUUGAUUACCAUCAAAGGUCCUGCUGAGGCAGCUGUUGAUGCGGUUCAUGCAAUACUUAAGGAACUAGUUCAUAAGUCAAUUAAUGAGACCGUGGAGCUGAAGCAGUAUCCUUCUUUAAGAGUGGAGGUGGGGAAUGCGGCAGUCGAGUCACUAGAGAGGAUGAAGGAAGAAAGCAGGAAGGCCACUCUACAGCUAGUAGAAAUGGAGAACAGCUACUUGACUGUUGACUUCUUCCGGAAGCUUCCUCAGGAUGUCGAGAAGGGUGGCAAUCCAACCCAUUCGAUUUUUGACAGAUAUAACGACUCUUAUCUCCGGAGAAUCGGAUCAACUGUCUUGUCUUAUGUUAAUAUGGUUUGUGCGGGCCUGAGGAACUCCAUUCCAAAGUCCGUCGUUUAUUGUCAAGUCCGUGAGGCAAAACGCAGCUUACUCGAUCAUUUCUUCACGGAAUUAGGCAAAAAAGAGGGGAGACAGUUGGGUAAACUAUUAGACGAGGAUCCAGCAAUUAUGCAGCGGCGUCUCUCUCUUGCAAAGAGGCUCGAGUUGUACAGAUCAGCUCAAGCAGAGAUUGAUACCGUAGCUUGGUCUAAAUAG